AUGGAGGAUCUUAACAAAGCAGCAAUAACCCUUUUUGCCUCACUACUGAAUGAACUCUCUACCCUCAAAGAAAAGUUGGGCAAUGUCAGUCCUCUAAUAAUCACUGGAGUUUCUUUGGGAGGAUCUGUGGCAUCUCUAUUCACUCUUUGGCUACUUAAGGACAAUAAUAAGCAUCCCACUUGCUUCACUUUUGGUUCACCUCUUCUUGGUGAUAGUGGCUUGCAACAAGCCAUAUCAGAACGUCCAUCAUGGAAUUCAAGCUUCUUGCACGUAGUCUCGAACCAAGAUCCAAUCCCAAGAUCUUUAAUUUCACCUACUAAUGACUUUGCUGGUUCUAUUCCUCAAUCUUGUAUUUACAAUCCAUUCGGCAUGUUUCUGCUGUGCUCAGAUUCAGAUUGCUCUUUUUUUGAGGAACCUGAAUCAGUUUUGGAUAUUAUGAUGGAAAUGAACUUAAGUUGCCAACACCAGGACAAUCGUUUCUUGCUUUUCGACUAUAAGCAGGUUUUGGAACGCCUCAAGCAUAGAGUAAUCUUUAAGGGAGCUUCUCAGCUGUUUUACUUUAGCGUGGAUCAACUUCAAGCAGGCAUUGAUCUACAGCUAGAAGCAAUCGGAAUUGGUGGACAGACAAGUAACAUGAACCCUCUAAGGACUAAAGUGAAGAAAAGAGUGGAGGAAUCUUUCGCAGAUAAGAGGAAGAGGAAUGCCAUUGAUCCUGGCAAGAAGCUAAACAAAAUGAAAGUAGCUAUGGCUUGGCUAGAGUGGUACAUGAAAGUAACCCUGAAUGAAGGAGGCUACUAUGAUAGUUACAAACGCAGUGAUUUUCGAGGCAGGGAUGCUGUCAAAAGCAGACAAGAAAUUGUCAAGUACCAAAGAGUCCUCAAUAAGUACUGGAAAGCAAAGGUUGCAGAAGUAGAGGAAAUGCCACAAAGCGAGAAGGCAGCUUUUCGUACUCGUUGGCUGUAUUCAGGGACAAACUAUAGAAGGAUGGUCGAGCCACUCGACAUAGCUGAAUACUAUAUGAAAUCAGGGAACACAGACUAUGUAAAUCUUGGUAGAUCCGAGCACUAUAAAAAGUUGGAGGAAUGGAGGAAAGAAGACAACCCGUCUGGAAGUGGUAACGAUAGAAGGAAGGCCGUUAGCCUCACCGAAGAUUCUUGCUUUUAGGCAUAUGUGGAGGAAGCUAUUAUAAAUUCCAAAAGACUGAGAGAAGGCAGUCUAGAAGAGAAAGACAAUGCAAGGGAGUAUUUGGUUAAUUUUGGGGAAUAUGUAAUGAAUAUGAUAGGAGCUAUUCAGUAUCCUCUGAGAUUUUCCAUCCUCAUAGUAGCUUCAUGAAGUGGUGGAAAGAUUAUAGGCAAGAUAUUCUAAGCUGUUUGAGUAAUUUGCCUUUGGCCUGUUACAUGGAA